AUGUCGAAUACCGAAGUUGAAGACACUAUUAAACGUCUUUCAGCAAACAAAUAUGUACAAGCUGUAAUGAUCGUUAACAAAGAGGGCCAAACAAUUAAAUCUACUUUAGACGAAAGUUUGUCCAAAAAGUACACAGAUUUGAUUACCAAACUUGUUGAACAAACUAUUUUUGUUAUUAAAGAGAUGGAUGAAACUGGAACUAAUGAUCUUUCAUUCUUACGAGUUCGAACUAAAAAACAUGAAAUAUUGGUUGCUCCCG